CAGAAAUAGAGCCCCAUUUUCUGAAUCUCAAUCCAAUUCGAUCCUAGUCUUCAUCGCUGCCUCGUUCAGGUUUACUAGUUUCAACUAGAAAAGUGAAAUGGCCGGUCCUAGGAUUGCUCAUGCUACCUUGAAAGGACCAAGUGUUGUCAAGGAGAUAAUUAUUGGAAUAACACUUGGCUUCUGUGCUGGUGGGCUUUGGAAGAUGCAUCACUGGAAUGAGCAGAGGAAAGUGAGAGCAUUCUAUGACAUGCUUGAGAAAGGUGAUAUCUCUGUUGUUGCAGAAGAAUAAAUGUUAAUGUCUUGUGAAAUUGUGGACAGCUUUGGCAAUAUUUGAUCGUUUCUGUUCCCUUUUUGGCUCUUUGGUUCAAGAUGAGCGAACUCAGUUUGGAGUUUUGAGAAUAAUUUUAUUGUAGUAAGAUCAGAACCACAUAUUUGCUUAACAAACCCCAAUGGCUUUCGUGGUAUUGUGUCCCAGUGGCUCCUCUCAUUUGGUUUCUUGCUACAUCUGUUUGGGAUGAUGCUUGUACUUGAAAUAUAAUUGUGAAUGCAACUGUCUCUUCCGUAGUGGCAAGUUGCCCCUGGGCAGUUGGUUGUUUCUGAUUUA